GUUUUACUGCAUAUACUGCCGAAUAUGCUUGAUCGUUAGGACGUGGACACACAUUUUAAAUUUCCGUCGGUAGGGGAUGUUUUUUCGGGGUUAUCAGCCUGUCUCAAGGCUGCGUUCGUUCUACCGGCUAAAAGUUCGAUUCCUAAGUGGGACACGACAAUUCACACCAGUUGCAACCUAUAGCACAGCUGUAAAUAGGUCGAAUCUCUUGGUGAAUCAUGACAGGCCUUUCUUGUCUUUCAAACGAUUUAUGUCCUACCCCUCUCAUGUUGUCGUCAGAUUACCAAAUUUGUCUCCUACUAUGGAGACGGGGACAGUGAUAAGCUGGGCAAAGAACGAAGGUGAUGAGGUUACAGAGGGAGACUUACUUGCGGAAAUUGAGACAGACAAAGCAACUAUGUCAUUCGAUGCCAACGAAUCAGGAUAUUUAGCAAAGAUUUUGUCUCCUGCGGGGAGCAAGGAUAUACCUGUCGGGACAGCUCUUUGUAUCAUAGUUCCGGAUGCAGGUUCUGUUGCAGCCUUCAAGGAUUAUGUAUCUAAGCCUUCGGAACAAGCUUCUACCCCAAAAACAACUGAAGCUGCAAAGCCUCCAACUCCGACCCCACCUCCAAGUGUCGCUCCACAACAACCUGCGACGCCUACUUCUUCCGUUUCCACUCCGAUAAUAUCAAAGUCUGGAGGAGUGAUUGCUUCCCCUUAUGCUCGUCUCUUGGCUGCGGAAAAGGGGCUUGAUCUGUCAGGAGUUACUGGUACUGGGAUGUACGGAAUGAUACGCUCAACAGACUUGGGUACGGCACGUGCUGCUGUCGCAACUACUGCAGGGACGACUGGUCUUGAUGUAGCAGUCGGAAAGUUUGAAGAUAUCAGUAUCAGUAACAUGCGAUCGGUAAUUGCUAAACGACUGACAGAAUCAAAACGUACUAUCCCACAUUAUUAUUUGACAAUGGAUAUUCAGUUAGAUGGAGUUUUAGAAAUACGCUCUAAAAUCAAUACAGAUUUAGCAAAGCUUGCAGACACAAAAACUGAAGAACCUAUACCAAAAAUAAGCUUAAAUGAUAUUAUCAUCAAAGCAGCAUCGUUAACAUGUUUAAAAGUGCCUGAAUGUAAUUCAUCCUGGCAGGGGGAAUUUAUCAGACAGUAUCAUACUGUUGAUGUGAGUGUCGCUGUAGCUGUUCCUUCUGGACUUAUCACACCGAUAGUAUUUUCUGCUGAAAAGAAGGGUUUAGUACAAAUCAAUAAAGAGAUGAAGACAUUGGUGGCGAAAGCUAAACAAAAUAAAUUACAACCUCAUGAAUUUCAGGGUGGAACAUUUUCAAUAUCAAAUUUAGGCAUGUUUGGUAUAUCGAAUUUCUGUGCUGUAAUCAAUCCGCCACAAGCGUGUAUUCUUGCAGUAGGCAGUACAAGAAGUCUUCUGCUACCGGAUAGUAAUAGUCACUUAGGAUUCAAGAAAGCUAAUGUCUUGUCAGUUACUCUAUGCUGUGAUCAUCGUGUUGUUGACGGAGCUGUAGGUGCUACUUGGCUUAGUGAAUUUAAAAAGAUCUUAGAACAUCCAGCACUUAUGCUUAUGUAAUCAAUAUAUAUAUUACUCUACUACUUACUUUAUACUGUACAACUAACUGACUAACUGA